CAAGAUGGCGUCAGCUGGCGUGUUCCUGCGUGUGUCCGUGUGUGUGUCGGUCCUGUGCGUGUGCCGCGGCCUGACGGUGGGCCCAGCCCCCCGUCCGGUCGCUCUGGUGGUGAUCGACGUGCAGAACUGCUUCGUGCCGGGCGGGGAGAACCCGGUCCCGGGCGGCGCGGAGGUUAUUCCCGUCGUCAACGGGCUGCGGAGCCGCUACGGGGCUGAUUUCGACCUAGUGGUGAUGUCCCAGGACUGGCACUGUGCGGACCAUGUGUCCUUCGCCUCGCAACACCCGGGUUACUCUGACUACGACGUGAUGCAGUUAGACUACAACUCGCAAGGGGCGCUGUGCACCGGUCCGUCCCCGUACGCAGUGAACUGUACAGACGGCAUCGCGCACGCGCUGAACCAGACGCUCUGGCCGGACCACUGCGUCAUCAACACAACAGGUGCUGAGUUCCACCCCCAGCUGACCACCGAGUCCGAAGACCUGGUGGUCAGGAAAGGCUACCGAUGCGAGGUUGACUCGUACUCUGCGUUCUAUGAUAACGGCGGGUUCCGGCAGACGGAGCUGGACGGGCUGCUGCGGGCCCGGGGCGUGCGGAGUCUGGUCAUCACGGGGCUGGCGCUGGACUUCUGCGUGGCCUACACGGCUCUGGACGGGCAAAGGCUCGGGUACGACACGUACGUGGUGCAGGACGCGGCCAGGGGGAUCACACAGGCCGGGGUGGACCGGGCGCUGGCGGACAUGCAGGCAGCGGGGGUCACUGUUAUACAGGCGCGGGGCGUGGGGAGGGUGCUGGGGGUGGCAGGGGGGUCGGGACGCCCGGGGGGUACUGUCCCGGGGCCUAUGCCAGAAGUGUUUGACAUGCGAGUGUAA